AUUAUCGAAAAAUAGAGGCGGGAUUAGCGCAGAUCAGGGGAAACUAGAGAACCAACCAUCGACGUUGAUGGUAGUUGGAUUCUUCGCGGCCUCGGGGAUUGCUUUAUGUCAAGGAAAACAAAACCAGGCCUCCCACGUGUUACUUGCUGGUACCUUCACCUGCGGGGUGACUUGUAAUUACGCAGGAGUGUCUCCUCUGACUUGUUCUAAGAAUGAAAGCCCUGAACUAGGGCUUGGUCAGUCAGCAAGAAGACGUGGAGGUUACCAGGAAGUACCUAGUUAACAAUCGUGAGUGACCAUGGCCUACUCUAGCUACAGCAACCUGAGCAGGGCUCAGCUCACCUUUGAAUACCUGCACACAAAUUCGACAACACAUGAGUUCUUAUUUGGAGCCUUGGCAGAACUUGUGGACAAUUCAAGAGAUGCUAAUGCCACACGUAUAGACAUCUACACAGAAAAAAAAACAGAGCUGAGGGGUGGCUACAUGCUUUGUUUUCUGGAUGAUGGUACUGGGAUGGACCCAAGUGAGACAACCCAUGUGAUUCAGUUUGGAAAGUCAAACAAACGGUCUCCUGAGUCCACUCAGAUUGGCCAGUAUGGAAACGGACUGAAAUCGGGCUCUAUGCGCAUCGGAAAAGACUUUAUUUUGUUCACAAAAAAGAACGACACGCUGACUUGCCUCUUCCUGUCGAGGACUUUCCAUGAAGAGGAGGGUCUGGAUGAGGUGAUAGUGCCUCUUCCUUCCUGGGAUAUGAAGACCAAGGAGCCGCUGACGUCUGAUCCAGAAAAGUACGCCAUAGAGACCGAACUGAUCUUCAAAUACUCACCUUUUAAAAAUGAAAAGCAGCUGAUGGAGCAGUUCAACAAAAUAGAAGGCAACAGCGGAACGCUAGUGAUAAUCUAUAAUUUGAAGCUGAUGGACAAUGGAGAACCAGAGCUGGAUGUAGAGACGGAUCACCAGGACAUACUGAUGGCUGGGACACCUGCUGAAGGAGUGAAGCCAGAGAGAAGAUCGUUCAGGGCAUACGCUGCUGUUUUGUACAUUGACCCACGCAUGAGGAUUUUUAUCCAGGGUCAUAAAGUCAGGACUAAGAGACUUUCGUGCUGUCUUUAUAAACCAAGGUGUUAUAAAUACUCAUCAACUCGGUUCAAGACCCGUGCUGAGCAAGAAGUGAAGAAAGCUGAUCAUCUUGCAAAGAUUGCGGAGGAGAAGGCCAGAGAGGCAGAGAGUAAACGCAUGGCUUUGGAGGCCAGAUUAGGAGAGGACCUAUCAAAAGACUCACGGGCAAUUUUGAGAAAAGUUCAAGAUGCAGCCAUGAUGCUGCGAAGAGAUGCUGACAUGAAAAAAAGGAUUCUUGAAGCCAAACAAAAAGCAUUAAAGGAGCCCAAGGAGCUGAAUUUUAUAUUUGGAGUGAACAUUGAACAGAGGGACCUGGAUGGGAUGUUUGUGUACAACUGCUCUCGUCUCAUUAAGUUGUAUGAAAAGACUGGUCCUCAACUGGAGGGAGGCAUGGCAUGUGGUGGUGUAGUUGGAGUAGUGGAUGUCCCAUAUUUAGUUCUAGAGCCUACUCACAACAAACAAGAUUUUGCGGAUGCUAAAGAGUAUCGACAUUUACUAAAAUCCAUGGGGGAGCAUCUGGCUCAGUACUGGAAGGACACAAACAUUGCACAGAAAGGCAUAGUGAAGUUCUGGGAUGAGUUUGGAUAUCUGUCUGCCAGCUGGUCUGCACCUCCAUCAUCAGAGUUGAGAUACAAGAGACGCCGUGCCAUGGAGAUACCACUUACUAUUCAGUGUGAUAAAUGUUUAAAGUGGAGAACGCUGCCUUUCCAGAUGGAUGCAGUGGACAAACGCUACCCAGACAGUUGGGUGUGUCUCAUGAACCCUGACAGCACUCAGGACAGAUGUGACGCUCCUGAACAGAAACAGAAUCUCCCAUCUGGUGUUUUGAAGAAAGAUAAACCAACAGCUGAAGACAAACAAAAAGAACUAGCAGAGAAAAUCAAACAGCAGCAGGAGAAGCUGGAGGCCUUGCAGAAAACCAACACCAUCAAAUCUGCAGCAGAUGUAAGAAAGCUCCCAUUGGAGGUUAGCAUGAAACCAACAGAGAGUUCCUCUCAGGCAACCAGGUCUUCUGAAAGGUCUGUUGCACGCCCACGCUCCCCACCACUCCCAGCUCACCUCAAAAAUGCCCCAAGUGCCCCACCAGGACGUAGUGCUUCUCAGCGGCCCACCCGAACAUCAGCCAUACCACCAACUCCACCAAAGGUUGAGCCAUCCAGGUCCAGAGCUGCAGCAAAACCUCCUCCAUCUGCAGCAAAACCUGUUCCCAAAGCUACUGCCAAAACACCUCCACCCAGCCGCAGCUCACGGGCAUCUGCCAAAGCUUCACCUGCCAAACCAGCAGCUGCUGGACAGCGCAAGAGAAUAAUAGAGCAGGAGGAGAGUGAGGAAGAAGAAGAAGAGGAGGAGGAGGAGGAGGAAGAAGAAGAAGAAGGCAGUGAGGAGAGUGAAGAAGAACCACAGACAAAAAAAUCCAAGAUGGCUGCAGCUGCCACUAACCGUGGCAAAGUCGUAGAGAAGGCCCCACCUCCCAAACGUGGAAAGUUGGAUGAGGCACCUGAUAAAGCUCUACAACAGGAACCAGAAAACGACACUAAAAAUGCUCAGAAAGAUAAGGGUCUGCUGGUCGAAGUACGUGUCAAUAAGGAGUGGUAUACGGGCAAAGUCAUCGCCGUUGAGGCGAAUAAACAAAGUGUUCGCUGGAAAGUUAAAUUUGACUACGUACCUCGGUCCACCCCUAAAGAUCGAUGGGUAUUUAAGGGUAGCGAUGAAGUCCGGCUGAUGCGACCACCAUCUCCAAUCUCUCAGACACCUGACACCCAGCAGGAGACCGAGAAGGGUCCGGCACCCAUGGAGCCAGACACUACUCAGCCAGGAACCAGCCGAGAGGUGACUGACAGCCUGGUCACCAUGUUGAGAACAAUGCUGCGUUACUUCUUUCCUCCUGCUUUUCGGAUCCCAAAGGACGAUGUUAAUAGCAUGACAGCCGAGGAGCUGGUUGCCUUUCCUUUGAAAGAGUAUUUCCAGCAGUAUGAAUCGGGCCUGCAGUCAUUGUGUAAUUCAUACCAGAGCAGAGCUGAUGCCAGGGCCAAAGCUGUGGAGGAGAAAAACAACAACACUGAGCUCAAACUAAAGGAGGCAGACGAGAAAUUACAGAAACUCCGAACAAACAUUGUGGCCCUUCUGCAGAAAGUACAAGAGGAUAUUGACAUAAACACAGAUGAUGAACUAGAUGCUUACAUAGAAGACCUCCUUACAAAGGGUGAUUAAAGAAAACCAAAAUCAAAUGAAAGAUGUGAACAUUAACAAACUGGUCAUCAUUUCAAGUCUCCAUGGACCCACUCUCAUGUGUGAAUAUUUGGGGUUUGUUUUCAUUAAUCCCUCCAUGUGUUGAAUCAGUUUGUAACCGGUUUGUAUUUUUAGGUUCUCACUGUCGAUUGCCUCUGGGCCUGUGGUUUUAUUUUGUCCCUUUUUAUUACCCUCUUACAUCUGUUAAUCUAUGUUUAAAACAUGCUAUCCUGGUUAAGCUGUUAAAUAAUUUGUAUGUUUAUUGCAGCGUAUGCUCUUUUAUAUAGUCAACUGUUGUUGUGACAAACUACAUUUCUUCAUUUUGGUCCAUUGUCAGGUGACAUUUUCACACUAAAGACUUGGGCUUAACUCGUCUCUGUUCUGUAUUGCAGCCUGUAGUUACACAGUUAUUUUUAUUUUUGCACACUAAAAACACAUCAGUGUUCUCCAACCUGGACAGAAAACCGGGUUCAUCUUUUAUGUUUGGGAGAUAUUCCCCAUCCAUAAACAGGAGCUACAUACUGGGUUAUAUCAGUACAUUUAUUAUUCCUUUAAAUUCCUUCUUCAUUUAACCUUUGACUGUUCUGUGUUCAUUUUGGGAAGAAAAAAAAAUGGUUAACUGCUGAAUUGUUUAAUAAUUAUUCAGUGCCUCUGUCCUUCUUUUUGAACAGAUUUUUAACCCAUCAUGGAAAUGUUUUAUUAAACGGUGCAUGCUUUCAGUCUUUAUGUUCUCGUUGGAACAAAGGAUACUGUAUUUUUGACAAACCUUUACUUGGAACAAUAAAACUGGUUCAGCAACACA